GAAACGGGGCGGGGUUCCGCGUGGGGGCCGGAAGUAGCGGCGCUCAAGCAGUGACGGUUUUAAAUCCCCUCGGUCCGGUUCCUCUUCUCGGCUGGUGAUGGACGCGAGGAUGCGAGCGAAGCGCUACGAGAAGCUCGAUUUCUUGGGCGAGGGGCAGUUUGCCACUGUUUAUAAAGCAAGGGAUAAAAACACCAAUCAAAUUGUUGCUAUUAAAAAGAUUAAACUUGGACAUAGAUCAGAAGCGAAAGAUGUGCUGUUGAUGUGUAUGGCACACUAGAUCGGAAUCAACAGAACAGCUCUGAGGGAGAUAAAAUUGUUACAGGAGCUUAGCCAUCCAAAUAUCAUUGGGCUUCUUGAUGCAUUUGGACACAAAUCCAAUAUUAGUUUGGUCUUUGAUUUUAUGGAAACAGAUCUAGAGGUUAUAAUAAAGGAUAGUAGUCUUGUGCUGACACCGUCUCACAUCAAAGCAUAUAUGCUGAUGACUCUUCAAGGGUUGGAAUAUUUACAUCAGCACUGGAUUCUACACAGAGAUCUCAAACCAAACAAUUUGUUACUAGAUGAAAAUGGGGUUCUAAAACUGGCUGACUUUGGCUUGGCAAAAUCUUUCGGAAGCCCAAAUAGAGUCUAUACACACCAGGUAGUAACAAGAUGGUAUCGAGCGCCUGAGCUAUUGUUUGGUGCUAGAAUGUAUGGUGUAGGUGUUGAUAUGUGGGCUGUUGGCUGUAUAUUAGCAGAACUGCUUCUUAGGGUUCCUUUUUUGCCUGGAGACUCUGAUCUUGAUCAGUUGACAAAAAUAUUUGAAACUCUAGGGACUCCAACAGAAGAACAGUGGCCUGGCAUGUCUAGUCUUCCAGAUUAUGUAACAUUUAAAAGUUUCCCUGGAAUGCCACUUCAGCAUAUCUUCAGUGCAGCUGGUGAUGACUUGCUAGAUCUUCUCCAAGGUCUAUUCAUAUUUAAUCCUUGUACCAGGGUUACAGCUACACAGGCACUGAAACAAAAGUAUUUUAGUAAUCGACCAGGACCAACACCAGGAAGUCAGUUGCCACGACCAAACUGUCCUGCAGAAGCCUUAAAAGAACAAAACUCACUUUUAAAUUUAAAAAGGAAGAGAGCAGAUGGAAUAGAACAAGGAUUACCAAAAAAGCUAAUUUUUUGAUUAUCGUGGAUGAUGCCGAUUAAAUAUCUUAAGACCAAUGCAAUGGGAAAAUGCUGCAAGAUUAACUGAACUAUGAUGAAAAGAGAAUUUGUAAUAUAUUUACGUGUGUAAAAUGUGAAACUUAAUAUUUCAAUGCUGAAACCAUAUGGAGUGUUUUAUUAAACCUAUUCCUCUUUGAAUAAAAGUAUAUAUUUUUAAAAAGA